AUGAGUAAGGUCAGUUCAAAAACUAUUGGUUCGCGGAACUUGGCCGAUCACCGGCCGAAAACGGGAAAAGAAAACAAACGAGACGGACGACAGAUAGAAAUCGUAUCGCUUCAGUGCGCGUAUUCUGCCCUUCCAUCGAGAAAAUUCGAAUAUUAUGCAAAAAUUCACCAUUUUCUUUAUCGAAUUAAUCUUCGAUGCUUGUUAGAAGGAUGACAGGAAGAGGGUACUGCGGGUGGUAGCAAUUCAAAUCAGCUCGACCGGAAGUAGUAGUCUGGGCUUAAACUACAGAAGCUGAGGUGAUGAGUUGUCAAAUGAACAUUUUUCAGAAGUCAGGCUCUGACGUUGAAGCGUCGACGUCAAAUUCUAGCAGUGCUUUGUAUGACACCACCUCGAAAGGACAUCAUCGUCGCACUUCAUCGUUAUGGGUGCCUCCUACCAGGUAACCCCAUAUUCUCUUUCAUUUUCCCCCACUUCCUUCAUCUCCAGACCAAUAUUUUCCUCGCCAACUCAAGUGUUCAAGGAGAAGGCAGAGAAUGGCGGUCGAAUUCUGAAAACGCAUCCGGUGACUCGCUGGUUGUUUCCCAGCCAGCCGAUCCUUCCACAGCAGCGGAUUGUCGUGCCGAACAACCAGAAAGAUCCGCCGCCUCGCUACGAACAGCCGAAUAGAAAGUACUGUGGGAAUCGGAUAUCAACGACCAAGUACAGUGUGCUUACUUUUAUACCCAAGAACUUAUUUGAACAGGUUCUUCUUAAUCUUCCAAUUUUUUUCUCAUUCUGUGAUUACAGCUUCAUCGUGCAGCGAAUCUCUACUUCAUAUUCAUUGUGAUACUCAACAUGAUCAUCGGUGCUUUUGGAAAGUACUUAUCUGUUAUGCCGAUCGCUUUCGUACUCGGAAUCACUGCGAUCAAAGACGCGUUCGAAGAUUACCGCCGUUAUAAAUCCGACCAGAAAAUCAACCAUUCGACGUGUCGUGUUUGGGAUGCCAGUCAGCAAAGAUAUCGAAAACUCGAAUGGCAGAACAUUCUUGUCGGAGAUUUUGUGCACUUGUCUCACGAUGAAAUCAUCCCAGCUGACAUCCUUCUCUUGCGAAGCAGCGAUGUCAAUGGUUAGCCGACGAUCAAACAGUUUCGUGAUAAUUACACUCUUUCCAGGUGUGUGCCACGUGGAAACAUCGAAUUUGGACGGAGAAAGCAAUCUGAAACAGAGACAAGCGAUUCGAGCUAUGGGCAAAUACCACAACACUAACGUCCCUCUCGAGUACUCGCCUGCCGAAUUCAACUAUAGAAUAGCCUGCGAACAGCCGACGACCGAUGUCUACAAGUUCGAAGGCCGUCUGGAAGCGAUGGAAGGAGGCCCUCCGCUGGCCCGCGAGUUCACGAUUCUGGCGAAAGACAACGUGUUGCUGCGAGGCUGUGUCGUCAAGAAUACUGAUUUCGUGGAGGGAAUCGUUCUGUACGCCGGGAAAGACACGAAAGCGAUGCUGAACAACAGUGGUCCCCGGUACAAAAGAAGUUCGCUCGAGAAAAUGACCAACAUUGACAUUCUGUGGAGUGUGUGCACUCUUCUGGCUCUUUGCGUUCUCGGCGCCGUUCUCUCUGGGGUCUGGCUCCGCACAUUCUCUACGCCGUAUCUGAUUCCGUUCCUCGUCUAUAUCGAACCGAAUUCCACGUAUCAUAACAAUAAUGACACGCAGUACAAGUACAAUCCGGCAUUCGAAUCAUGGUUCAGCUUUUGGAGUUAUAUUAUUGUUCUGCAGGUACGCACAGGCUUCUCUUUCCUUUUAUCUUUCUUAAUUUUCAGGUUAUGAUUCCUAUAUCACUGUACGUUUCGAUAGAAUUCAUCAAGAUAUUCCAAGUGUGGUUCAUGUCUCAAGAUCGGAACAUGUAUUACGAUAAAGUCGAUAAACGUCUGCAGUGUAGAGCAUUGAACAUAACAGAAGAGUUGGGGCAGAUCCAGUACGUGAUGUCGGAUAAAACAGGCACAUUGACAGAGAAUCAGGUAUGACGGAUUCGUGAAAAAUGAAAUGUGAAUUCUUUUCAGAUGGUGUUCCGUCGAUGCUCUGUUUACGGCAAUGAUUACGGUGGCCGCCCGGUUCUCAGCGCCGUCGAUUCUUCACUCGAACUGGUAGCUUCCAAUCUUCGGAAUGAUCAACCGACGGAGAAGAAGCUUCAAAUGGCUGCUUUGGCUCAAGCCGCUGCCAACACUGGCCGACUCCGCCCCUCUCGCGAUCCUACUCUCGAAUCCCAACUUGCUUCCAGUGUACUGAAAGAAGGAGCAAACAUCGAUGAUCCCGUUUUCGCUUUCUUCUUGACAAUGGCCAUCUGCAACACUGUGGUCGUAAAUGCGAAACCUCACGAAGAUCUGAUGGAUCCCGAUGGAGACAUUGUGAACAGUCGAUUUGCAACGGAAGAGGACGGAGUAUUGCCGAAAAGAGAAGGGAGCACGGACAGUAUCACGGGAAACAGGUACUUGUCGGAAGUGGAAGAGGAGAGUCUCUCGUCGAACGGAUCGACUCCGGUAAUAGCAGAGGAGAAGGCGGCAGAGGACGGAUUCGAGGAGAUCGAAUUGAUUGAGUUCCCCGAAGUGAAAACGGAAGAGACGCAGCCAUCGGAGAAGGAGAUUGUGGCGAUCCAAAAGGAGAAGGAAGGAUCCAACAACUACAACGGAGAGCGGAAGGAAGGAAAAGGAUUCGUGAGUUUUUUCUUAAAUGUUUUCCUCAUCCGAAGUUGUGAAUUCCAGGGAAUUCUCCACCGUCCUUCGAUUCUCUCCGUUCCGUUCGCUAAACUCAAAGGAAUCAAGAGUCCGUUUCGCCGUUCCGUCGACAAGCGUCGUUCAAGCUCUUCUGAGAUAACCACGCCACCACUUCACUCGUUUUAUGAUUCUGAAUCACCAGAUGAACUGGCACUAGUUGAGGCGGCCAGGGAAUAUGGCGUCCGGUUGUUAAAAAGACGAUUCGAUGACGUCAUCGUGUACUUGCGUCACUCGACCAAAAGCGUCAAGUAUAAGGUGAGAAACAGGAGAAAUGGGGACGAUCUCAGUGAUUUUGUCUAUUCAGGUCUUGCACACACUUCCGUUUGAUGCGGACCGUAAGCGCAUGUCAGUGAUUAUCCGAGAGACAACUGGCAAAAAACGGAUCAUUGUGCUCACGAAAGGAGCCGAUGCAACUGUGUUGCCGGUCCUGAGCAACGCAUUUUGCACAUCCGUUCAAGGAGAAGACGUCAUUUUCAAGGCACAAGAACACUUGUCGCAGUACGCAAAAGAAGGGCUCAGAACUCUUUGUCUAUCCAUGAAAGUGUGGACCGAAGAAGAAUAUCAGGAGUGGAGAGAGAAGCACGAGGAGGCAGAGCUGGACAUGACUGACAAAGAGGAACUGCUCGCGGAGAGCACGAUUCGGGCAGAGCAAGACCUCGAACUUCUCGGAGUGACGGCCAUCGAGGACAGACUGCAGGACGGAGUGCCCGAAUGCAUUCAUUCGUUGCGAGAGGCAGGCAUCCGGGUGUGGGUUCUGACAGGAGACAAAGUGGAAACAGCAGUCAACAUAGCCUACUCUUCUCGCCUUUUCUCCCCUUCCAUGGAUCUUCUGAACAUUGGAGCGAACGGAGUUCGUGCCGUUUCGGACCUUCUCGAUGAGCAUUUGAAGCGGAUCGCAAGAGCUCAAGAGGUCUCUGCCGAUGCCAUCGACUCAUUCGGGCUCGUUUUGAAUGCGGCCACAAUGAACUACUGUCUCGAUCCGCACAAUCAGGAUAGAUUCGUCAAACUGUUGCGUGGCUGCCGCUCGGUUCUUUGCUGCAGAGCAACUCCCUUGCAGAAGGCACAACUUGUGAAUCUGGCAAAAAGUCAAUUGAAAGGAAAGGUCCUCGCUAUCGGAGACGGAGCCAACGAUGUCAGCAUGAUUCAGGUGCGCACAUUCCAUCAUCACUUCUCAUUCAAUAUUUAUUUUUAGGGCGCCGAUGUCGGAGUGGGAUUGUCUGGACAGGAAGGAAUGCAGGCAGUCAUGUCUUCUGACUUCGCGAUGGCUCGUUUCCGUUUUCUCUCGAAUCUUCUGCUCGUUCAUGGCCACUGGAACUACUAUCGUCUCGCCCAAACGAUUCUUUAUUUCUUCUACAAAAAUGCCGUAAGUUGUCUCUCAUUUUUCUUCUGUUUCUCAUCAUUCUCAUUCUGCAGAUGCUCGUGUUCGUCAUAUUCUGGUACCAGAUUUUCAACGGUUUCUCCGCCCAAGUGCCCAUCGAUCCUGUUUAUUUGAUGGUCUACAAUUUGAUAUUCACUUCCGUACCCGCGCUACUUUUUGGAUGUCUCGAUCAAGACGCCAGUGCUGAGAUUCUCAUCGAAUGUCCAAAAUUAUACGAACAGGGAAGAAUGGGUAAACGAUACAGAUGGUAUUCGUUCUGGAUAAACAUUCUCGAUGCGAUCUACCAAAGUCUCGUUGUCUACUUCAUUUGCUAUCUGGUAACUCGGCACUAUCUGAGCCACUCACCAUACUCUCCUUUCAGACUUACCGUGAUACAAACGUAGACAUGUGGACUUUCGGUCACUUGCUCGUCACUCAACUCAUCAUUGUCAACACUUUCCAUCUGGCUCUGUUCGUGCAGUACUGGACUUGGCCCAUGUUCUGGUCUAUGUUCCUUUCCGUCCUUCUCUUUUUCAUUUGUGCACUCCUGUAUAAUGGAUUCGUCACUGCCAACUGGACCUGGACGAACGUCAAAGAUCCGCCGUCAAUGGUCUCACUGAAGUCGUUCUCGAGUCUCGAGUUCUGGAUGGCACUCGUAAUCUCUGUAGUCCUUUGUCUGACUCCCAGAUACGUUCUCACGUCCAUCGUGAACACAGUCAAUCCAUCGACGACUCUCCGCACAAGGCUCGGAGCAGAAGACGGAAUCAAGAAGACUCAAUCACGUAUGCUCCAUUGUAAUGUGUCGAAUGAACCUUCCCCUAUUCCAGGCUUCACUUCUUGCGCCGUCGGAUGCCUCUCCGCGCCCUUCAAGUGCGCCCGAUUAUGUUGUAAUAAAAAGAAGCCGACUGUCUACGUAAGUUCCCUUGACCUCCUUGCCCUUUGUAAUACGAUCCCUCUGUUUCAGAUCGAAGAAGUGCACUGA